CUCAUUUCUCAUUCCUUUCUUCAUUCGUCUUACGACUCAACAGUGUUACAAUAUCAAAACCACCUUCCAAAACCAAUUCUAUUUCCUUUCUCUACCUCUCUUUCACUCUCGCUGCCACAACAAUGGACUCUGACUGGUGUCUUUUCUGUGAAAAACACGUGUAUGAGCUUGAUGCAGUUUACUGCUCUAUGGAGUGUGCCCGAAUGGAUAAACAAACUGCGGUUGCCAGUAACUCCUUGUCCUUUGGCACAUCCAUGUCGACAGACCGAGCAAUGGCCUCAUCGAUUUUCUACAGUCCGUCCAUGCUCCCCCUUCGACGCCCGACUCAGCAACUCAUAACGGUAUCCUAUCCGUGCAUGUUCCGGUCCUCAAAUCUGGCCCCAAAAUCCAUCUCAGGCCGUGGAGGCGUUCGUAAAGGUAGCCCGUCUUCCGCGAGCAGUAGUGGUGGCCUCUUAGCCAAGAAUGUUGAGUCACUCAAUACAAGGGGCUAUAUACUAAAUCGGUGUGGCGGCGGGCGUCGGUAUCAAUAUACUGUGUCGCAGGGAUAGUUGAACGGUAAUGAAAGUGGCCGGUUGCUGUAUGGUCACUUCUCACCAGAAGCUUAUCAUUUCAAGACACG